AUGUCCGGUCGCGGCAAAGGAGGUAAAGGCUUGGGCAAAGGUGGUGCUAAGCGUCAUCGUAAGAUUCUACGCGAUAAUAUCCAAGGAAUUACCAAGCCAGCGAUCCGUCGUCUCGCUCGCCGUGGGGGUGUAAAGCGAAUUUCUGGACUGAUCUACGAGGAGACACGCGGUGUUCUGAAAGUUUUCCUUGAGAACGUUAUCCGCGAUGCCGUGACCUACACCGAGCACGCCAAGCGUAAGACCGUUACAGCCAUGGACGUAGUAUACGCUCUGAAACGACAAGGACGUACUCUGUACGGUUUUGGGGGUUAGAAUACACUGUAAUCCCUGAUCAACACUUAAACCAACGGCUCUUUUAGGAGCCAACAAAUGUAUGAAAAGCUCUGACCAAUACGUGAUAAGAGAAUUUGUUUUCAUUACGAUCAUUGCUGAAGGUUUAUAUACAUAUCAACAAGUCAACAUACACCUGAAAUCGAUUCAGCGCUUUAUUUACUGGGUGCGUCCACGCCAGUUUUUUCUUUUUUAGUGACUUUACAGCAGCGCAGUCGUUACUUAUACAGGGAAAUUAUUUUUUUCCCGUCUAGAUUAGCCUCAUAGCUCUUUGCGGGGCAUACAAUACUGUAAAGCUUUUGUCUUUAGUUAGUGAAUAAACUGUUGUUGUACGUUGUUGUUGAGCACGGCACGCACAGCACGGCUGAGCUUUGAAAGCGCAAGUCGGUCUUGAAAUCCUGAGCGAUUUCUCUGUACGGUUUUGGGGGUUAGAAUACACUGUAAUCCCUGAUCAACACUUAAACCAACGGCUCUUUUAGGAGCCAACAAAUGAUCAACAAGUCAACAUACACCUGAAAUCGAUUCAGCGCUUUAUUUACUGGGUGCGUCCACGCCAGUUUUUUCUUUUUUAGUGACUUUACAGCAGCGCAGUCGUUACUUAUACAGGGAAAUUAUUUUUUUCCCGUCUAGAUUAGCCUCAUAGCUCUUUGCGGGGCAUACAAUACUGUAAAGCUUUUGUCUUUAGUUAGUGAAUAAACUGUUGUUGUACGUUGUUGUUGUGGCAGAAUUAAGAGAGCAAGCUGGUUUGUGUCGUUACCGACGACGGUUUAUAACUGUGUUAGUUUAUUUUACGUAAACAGCUUGUGUACCGAAGGAAAUCACGACGAUCUCUUGUAAUUUUUAGGCAAAGAAAACAACAUUUCAAGCUCAGUAGUAGCAGCAAUGUUUGUUCCCGGUUGGUAGGAAUGCGAUUAAUUGUGUACUCGUUUAAAAAGAGCAGAAAGUUGUUCGAUUGUCGCUUGGUAUGUACCUCGAAGUUCGUAUAAAAACCUGUUGGAAACAGCGCGAAUGAAACCUGCAUAGAAAGCAAACGCAAUUUCAACUUUCAUGAUAUAAUCACAUCAGUCUUUAAAUUCAUGUUACACCGAGCUAAACUGACCUAAGACUGGUUUCAGUUUUCAAGCAAUGCUGUGGUUGCUGUUGUUUGUUUCUUACAUGCGAUAGCCGAAAUAGCGCUAAAUAUGCUUUGGUAUACGCAUUUAUGAACAAAACUAGCAACAUGGAACCAUGCAAAAACAAAUAGAAAUAGCGAGUUUCCGCGAGACAUAAUUAUUUGUGGCUAAGUAUCGAUCGAGUUAUUAACCCCAAACUUAGACGGCGAAUACUAUUUGGGGGGUAGAUUACAAAUUUAUAUCGUGAUUGGUCAUGACUUUAUUCUAGACUUGGUGGCUCCUAAAAGAGCCGUUUGUAUUUAUGGUUUGCCGUCGCUUAGUGUUGUUUCUUCUCUGUCUUUUUAGGUAGUAAUACUGCCUGAAUGUUGGGAAGAACACCGCCUUGAGCGAUGGUGACACCGGCAAGGAGUUUGUUUAAUUCUUCGUCAUUUCGCACAGCCAACUGGAGGUGACGAGGAAUGAUUCUUGACUUCUUGUUGUCGCGUGCUGCGUUUCCUGCUAACUCGAGGAUCUCAGCACUCAGAUACUCAAGUACGGCAGCCAAGUACACGGGAGCACCGGCUCCGACGCGUUCAGCGUAGUUGCCUUUACGAAGAAGGCGAUGGAUGCGACCAACAGGAAACUGUAGACCUGCCCUGGAAGAACGAGUCUUUGACUUGGUGCCCUGGGCUUUACCUUUUCCUCGUCCGGUCAUUUUGUCGAGUAACUCGUAUCUUAAGUUUCAGUUUAAGUUUCAGGAGACUGUUUUCCAAGACAUGACUUCGGCCGCCAUAAUUUAUCACGCGCGGACUGCGUUUCGUGGAUCAGAUUGCACCAAUCAAAAGUCUUACAUUGGCUCAUAAAAGAAAUUCUAGCCUUGCAAUUGUUCUCUUUGUGUCGAUUGGCGGCACGCUCCAUUGUUUACACCGAGAAAAAAAAAAGACACCAAUCACCGACGAGAACUUGCGAUCCGCAUAUUAAUUGAUCCUAUUGAAUUUGGCAACAUAAAUAGAAACUGUGAUAUCCCGAAUUACCAAACUCUAUUUCGAAAAGGCAGAGAUAUCUUUCUUUACCAUGGCACCUAAACCGAUUGCAGCUAAAAAGGGAGAGAAGAAGAGCGGCGGUAAGGCAAAAUCCACGUCGGGCGACAGUACGAAAAAACGGCGAUCGAAACGGAAGGAGAGUUAUGCGAUCUACAUCUACAAAGUGUUGAAGCAGGUACAUCCUGACACCGGAAUCUCCAGCAAAGCAAUGGGUAUCAUGAACUCUUUCGUGAACGAUAUCUUUGAGCGCAUUGCUACAGAAUCCUCCCGUCUAGCCCACUACAACAAGAAGUCCACUAUCAGCUCCCGCGAGAUUCAGACAGCCAUCAGACUGCUCCUUCCAGGAGAACUCGCAAAGCACGCAGUCAGUGAGGGUACCAAGGCCGUCACGAAGUACACUAGUAGCAAGUGA